AUGAGGAAGUGUUCCUCCUCCUUCUGCGAUCUCCGGUACCUCCUCCUCCUCGCCGUCAUCCCUUUUAUAUACAUCCAGAUGAGGCUCUUCGUCACCCAAUCUGAGUACUCCGAUCGCCUUGCUGCCGCUGUAGAAGCAGAAAACCAUUGCACUAGCCAGACACGAUUACUUAUUGAUCAGAUCAGCAUGCAACAGGGAAAGAUUGUGUCCCUUGAAGAAGAAAAGACACGCAAGGACAAGGAAUGCCGGCAACUGAGAUCACUUGUUCAAGAUCUCGAGAGGAAGGGCCUGAAGAAAUUAAUCAGCAAUGCGCAGACACCUGUAGCUGCUGUUGUAGUGAUGGCCUGUAACCGUGCUGAUUACCUGGAAAGGACUAUCAGUUCUGUACUUAAAUAUCAGAAAUCCAUUGCUUCAAAAUUUCCUCUGUUUAUAUCCCAGGAUGGUUCAGAUGCAAAGGUUAAACACAAAGCUCUGAGCUAUGAUCAGUUGACUUAUAUGCAGCAUGUUGAUUUUGAUCCUGUUUACACGGAAAGACCUGGAGAGUUAGUUGCAUACUAUAAGAUUGCACGUCACUACAAGUGGGCAUUGGAUCAGUUGUUUAACAAACACAAUUUUAGCCGAGUUAUCAUACUUGAGGAUGAUAUGGAGAUUGCUCCUGAUUUUUUUGAUUUUUUUGAGGCGGGUGCCCUUCUUCUUGACCGUGACGAGUCAAUUAUGGCUGUAUCUUCGUGGAAUGACAAUGGACAAAAGCAGUUUGUGCAAGAUCCUUAUGCCCUGUACCGCUCAGACUUUUUCCCAGGUCUUGGAUGGAUGCUGUCUAAGUCUACAUGGGAUGAGUUGUCUCCGAAGUGGCCCAAAGGCUCUAGUUUGGGACAAUUCUUCAAACAAUACCUUGAACCUAUUAAGCUGAAUAGUGUUCAGGUCAAUUGGAAGUCAAUGGAUUUGAGCUAUCUAUUGGAGGACCAUUAUGUGAAGCAUUUUGCUGCCAUGGUUAAAAAUGCAAAACCAGUACAAGGAACUGAUGUUGCCCUAAAAGCACGAAAUAUAGAUGGUGAUGUGCGGAUUCAAUAUAACAGUCAAUUGGAAUUCGAGCUUAUUGCUCGUCAGUUUGGCAUUUUUGAAGAGUGGAAGGAUGGGAUCCCAAGGGCAUCUUAUCAAGGAGUAGUUGUUUUCCGUCAUCAAUCUUCAAGUCGUGUAUUCCUUGUUGGACCUGAUUCUCUCAAGCAGCUUGGAAUUGGUCAUAAAUAGAGAGUAGUAGAAGGGAGAAAAAAAACUUGAUCGAGGUGAAGAAUAUGCUUUGUGUUUGGAAUGAGGAUGUCUGUUUUGUGCAGUUUUGUUUUACUUGCAAUUCUCUCCAUACGAGGGAACUGACACCUCGGACGCUUGCAUUUUUUACCAGAUGGGAAUCUUAUUUACGAUGCGCCUCCAUUAACAUCGCCAAAAGCCAGCAAACCGGUAGGUGACAAAUUUUGGAAACUUUCACUUUAGAUUCUGAGGGAUGUUUUGGCUUUACUGUUUUGCAAACAUUGUUGUCAAAAAGUUUGAGGAAUUAAAUGACACGGUUCAGACUGGCCUUUGAUCUCCCUAUUUGUUUUGUCCUUCAAGUAACAAUGAAAACCAUACUUAUACCUUUUGAACUUUGGGUUGUAUUUAUUAUUAUUAUUAUUUUUUUUUUUUUUUGUGCCAGUAUAUGUAAACUUUCAGUUCCAAGAACAGUUUAUUGUAAUUAAUUCAUUAUAAAAUAAAAGUAAAGUAACUCAUUCUUUCCCAACAAAAGAACCAUUGACUCAACGGCUGUUGUGGAAUUUAAGUUUAAGAUUUGCUGCUUUAAGAAUCUCAAGAGCAGAAUGGUAAAUUAACAGAAAGGUGGCCCUGGUCAACAAGACAUUUGAUACAAUCAUCGAACAUUUCUGGGAUGGACUUGAAGGCGUUGAAUCCUAAGCCCUUCAGCUUAGAUGUAUCCAGGUCAUAAGAUGGUCUGUCAUCCAGUUUCUUGAACCU